UCGGGAACGAAGUGAAGCCGAGAGCCGGCCCGAUCCCCCACAGCAGCAGGAUUGCGGCAGUUGAGAAGCACCAGCCAGCAAAGUUAGACGUGAGAGUGUGAGACAAGACAGCAUCGGAACGGGUCACAUUGUCGGGAAUUCCAGUACUUUCCAGUCUUACUGGCCUAGAUUGCCGUCGAAUUCUCGGCGCGCGGACAGAAACGUGACAGAAGUGUGAACGGAGAGCAGUGAACAGAAGUGUAUUUUUUUGUGUUUGCGGGAGUGUUUUUGUGUGUCCACCAAACACAUCCCUGACCCUGCCUAACCCAGUUCUCCGGAAGAAGCGGGGCACUUUGCAGCGUUGGACUCCUGGAGGACACUAAAUCGAAGUGAAUCCACCCCAUUUGUGACCGCAGUGUUGGUUUAACGGACUCGAGAGGUACUGUUACUGGAAAAGGCUUCAAAAGGUUUCUCAGUGGACACAGAAUUCACCGGAUUCCCCGUAUUCCGCUCUCCAGUGGAAGCCGGACGACCAACGGAAACGAACGAACUCCCGUGGAGCAGAUUCAUCGCGCUGGCGACACCAACAUAACGACGACAAACCAUGAAGACACUCGUCGUUAGCUGGGCGCUAGUGGUGGCCCUGUUGCUGGGGCCAGUGCUUGCCCGACCGAACCUAGUGGAACCGAUCUACCUCCGGAGGCGCAGCAAUCCGCUCGAGAUCAUCGAGGAAAGCGUCGAGGCGGGCAGCGCAGCGAAUGGUUCCAGUGGCGCCGACCAGAGCACCGAACAGCAGGCACCAGCAUCGGCGGAGACGACGCAGCAGCAGAAAGGAGCCACGGCAGCAUCCGAUGCGACCACUGGCACCACCGGGAGCAGCCCCAGUACGACCCACCAACCAAGCUACGCGUACAAACGGCCGAGCGAGCUGCUGAAAACGAAGAUCGGUACGUCCGGGUUUGUGGUGUCGACCAGCACCAAGGUGCUGACGGGCGGCGGUGACCGUACUCCGAGCUCCUCCGCUUCGCUAUCGGUCAAGUCCGGUGAAGCGAAAGCGAACGAUCAGCUAACGCUCAGCUUUCAGGAUCGAUUCACGGGACAUGCCGGUGUCGCUGAACCGCUAACCGAUGAGGAAUACCAGAAUGAGCUACACCGGGCGACGGAACGUGUACCAGUACGGACCACGACACCGCGUGAGGGCCUGUCCACGUGGGUCUUGCUGUCCGGAAGUGAUUCGACGGAACAGAAAGCAGAAUCCACGAGUACCACGACCCGGAAGGUACAGAUUAUGCACACCACCACAACGAAACCGGUGGCCAUGGGAUCAACGACGAAGCGCUACCAAACACCAACGAUGCGUCGCAACUUACCGACCACUACCCAGCGCCCGGUGAAGACGACAACUUCGGUGGUCGAGGAGAAGAAGGAAAAACCGUCGAAACCGAUCCCGAAACAGAAGGUGGUCACUACCACGCUCAAGCCAGUGAUUGUGAAGAAGGUUAAGAAGCCACCAACCACAACAACAACAACAGCGGCCACUACGACUUCGACGACUACCACGACAACGCCAGCCCCAAAACCGACCCCAACGACGUCGACAACAACAACCUCCACAUCCACCACAACCGAGCUGGUGCUAACGGAGCAAAGUGCCUCAACGGUUGCGAACGACUUACCGGCUAAGAACGAUGCUGCUGGGCCGCAGGUCGACAGCGAGAGCGACAGUUCCGUCGAAACGUCCACCUUCCUGAUCAUGGAACCAAAGGAUGCCAUGUUUGAUCUUCCCGAAGAUCGUUCACCCUCGAAAGUGGCACCAGCGGCCACGAAAACGAAGAAAGUAACACGCAAACCGAACGUCAAAUCACCUGCCGCUGGUGGCGCAUCCGGCACGAAAAAGAAGCCAGCCAACAAGAAAAACCGCAAACCGGAGGUGAAGGAUGGGGUGACGAAAGCACCGAACAAAAAUGGUGCCACCAAGCCCGUCUCGACGCAGAUCAUUAACUAUCUGUCCCGCGAGGUGAUGCCCACGGUCGGUGUCGGGUUGGUGGGGCUAGUGAUGGCCGCCGGGUUGGCUUCGUACUUCCUCGGCAGUCCGCUCGGGGCUUUGCGACGUUCCGACGAUCGUAAGGACGAUCUGUACUACUCCAACUACGAGGAGUACGCCGGACCGGAUGGCCAGAAUGAGGAGGAUGUUUUUGGGAAGCUGAUCGCGGGUAUGCCGGAUCGAUCGUACUAUCGGAAUAACGGUGGUAACGUUCGUCGUCGCAUUCAACAACAACAACCGGUGCAGCAGCAACAGGCACCAGUCCGAACAGGACAUCAAUACUACCACGUGCAGCCGUACACGGGCAACAAAUACCCGCACAUUACGUACCGCAAUCGGGCCUACGGUGGUGCCAGCGCACCCGACAUGUACUCCAACAUUAACCGGCAGGCGCAGGUACAGCCGAAAUCGCAAAACCUAGCGCCGGAGUUCCAUUACACGCCACCGACCCCGUACUAUCCGGCACGGAUGAGUCCAGUGGCCAGCGACAGCAUGGCCACCGUACGGCCAGCGGCACCGGUUUACAGUGCAUCCGUUACACAGGCACCAGUACCGUCGACGACGACCACGACGACGACGACGACGCCGAUGCCCGCCACAGAACGCCCUCUGCAGGAUGCGGAAACGGAACACGAGAUGAUGCCCCAUCCGGAGGCUUACUCCUCGGAGCAUAGCCCCGAGCAUCAUGCGCACUACGUUGUCGGUGGCGCGGGCAGCAGCUACGCCGAUUCCAUGCUCGAUAUGAUCAACUCGGCCUCGAUGCCGGAACACGGUCCGAGGAAGAAGCGAGCGGCCGCAUCGGUGGCGCCUGUAAUGAGCGCCAGCUCCGAAGAGGCCGAGUUCGAUAACGAAAUCGAUGUGGACGGUGAUGAUGAUGGUGGUGAUGAGGAGUUUAAUAAGAAUAUCGAGGAGACUGAUCCUGAUCUUUAUACUAUUACGCCGAUGAGGACAUCGACGACGACGACGACGACGACGACGAUGGACCCUGAGACAACAAAUACUACCGAAGUUCAUCGCUAUACCUGGGGUGACUUUAUACGCAACACGGUCGAGCGGAAGGUUAAGCUGGGUCUGAACUUCCUCCAGCACGUCACCAUGGACUUCCAGCGAUACCUGAACGGUGUCCAGGAGCACCUGGUCCAGCACAGUAGCAGCAGCAGCACCACCACCACCACUGAGCCAGCGGAACACUAAUCCGCUCUUCUUUCGGGCUGCCUUGCCUAUGGGAUUAAGGAUAGGAUUCUCGCGAUCGAUCGAGCGCACAGCAGAGCCGAGAGCUCUCUUCUGAUCUUGUAGCACAAGGAGUACGAGACGUGGUAAGGGGUGGCAUGUGGACAGAAGGGUUUUUACAAUACUAUUUAUUUCCUUCAAGCCCACUCCAGCGAAACUCCCUCCGUCCAGUGAGCAGACAUCAUCCGAACAGACCCGUCCGUCCGUGGGGCGUGGGUCUUCUGGGAGUGUGUAUGUGCGUGUAUGUGUUUUUAAGGCAUUUAAUUAUUAAUACAAAUAAAGUAAAGUAACGUA